GCUGCGCGGAGGCUGCGGCUCGGGCAGGGUAGGGGCGGCGCGCACGCCAGUGGCGAAGACUGUGGGGCUACGGCCGCGGUGACCCGGUGAAGCGACGCCGGCAGGUGAAGCCGGGCUCAGCCCCAGCCUGCUCCAGGAGCGACCCUCGCCCCCCCAAGGCCGGCCUGGGGGGCCAGCAGGAAGUGCAGAGCGCCGAGUGCGCGUCGGGCUGGGCCCCGCACCCCGGCGUAGGAGUGCGGGCGCGGCGCGGCGGAGCCCCGGGCAUGGAGCCGGCCCGGGAGCCCCCCGCGCGGGCCAGGCCCCCGCCGCCCCCCGCGGCCCGCCCCGCGCCCGCCCCCGCCGCGCCCAGGCCGCGCUCGCCCGGGGAGGCCGAGGCCCGCGGCCAGGAGGGGCUUUUGCGGCGAUCCGGGUCCGGCUACGAGGGCAGCACCAGCUGGAAGGCGGCCUUGGAGGACACCACCACGCGUCUCCUGCUGGGGGCUAUCGCAGUCCUGCUGUUUGCCAUCCUGGUGGUGAUGAGCAUCUUGGCUUCCAAGGGCUGCAUUAAAUGCGAUGCUCCCUGCCCGGAGGAGUGGCUGCUCUAUGGAAGGAAAUGCUACUUCUUUUCUGAGGAACCACGAGACUGGAACACGGGCAGGCAGUACUGUCACACCCACGAGGCUGCGCUGGCUGUGAUUCAGAGCCAGAAGGAACUGGAAUUUAUGUUCAAGUUCACGCGGAAGGAGCCCUGGAUUGGCCUGCGCAGAGUGGGAGAUGAAUUCCACUGGGUCAACGGGGACCCAUUUGACCCGGACACAUUCCCCAUCUCAGGCCCAGGGGAGUGCGUCUUUGUGGAGCCUACCAGGCUGGUGUCGACGGAGUGUCUGAUGACCCGGCCCUGGGUGUGCAGCAAGAUGGCCUACACGUGAGGUGGGUCAGGCCAGAGGCAGCCCUCCACCCAGGCCAGCAGGAGGUCUCUACUCCAGGCCUGCUCCAGGAGCGAGCCACCUGCCCCGAGGCUCUUCUUCAAGGCGAAGCAGUGGGGAGGGUGGUCUCUGGCCCCUGGGCCCCUCUCCCAGGCCUUGAUGCUCUGAGGCCCUGGUUCCUGGUCUCCUCUGCCUCCAGGCGGGUCCUGUGGCUCAGCAGCUAUGUCCCAUUUGCUAAGUACUGUAGAUGGUUGUCCCUGCUGCACAAACACACAAGCUGAGUUCACCCUUAGCUGCCCAACAAGUCCUUUCCUGGCCCUGCACUGAAACAUUCCUUCCUUACUGCUGUCCUGGUGCUUUUAGGAAGGAUGGUGGAUGACUCAGAUUAUGUUACUGUCUGCACAGACAAGCCCACCCUUCCCCAGUUAUUUCUCUCAUGACUGCUGGGAGAGGGAGGGAAGACUUGUUCUUCACCUUGGCCAGUUUAGCCCAGGGCCCUGGAGGCAGGGCACCUGUUCCCCUGCUCUAUAUCUGGCCUUAUCCCUCUCCAUCUUGCCUGGGGUUUUCAGGCAGGGCCCAUGCUGUGUCCGUGGCACUGCUGUAUUGGUCACUAAUGGAAUAAAGAGUUC